CCUCUGGCCACAAGAGGCCGCUCUCUCCUGCAUUGUGUUUGUCUGUAGAGCGACCUUCCUGCUUGCUCCUAGUAAUCAACGCCUAUUGGUCUCUGGAAAAAUGGCUUCCAAGUUCCUGAUUAGAGACAUACUCGUAUAUACCUUCUCAAUGCAUGUUCAUUUUCUUGCAAUGGAAACGGUGGUUGUACAACGUGAUUGCUGCAGGACGAGCGAAAAUAACACAGGCUAGAGCGGCCCCGUCCAGUUUAUUGGUCAGUUCCCCGUUCUUCGUCUGGCUCCAUAUGGGUGUGCAGUGUUGUCUCUGAGAGGAGCGUCCGGUCCUUACAUCUCUUGGAUAGAAGCAUAAGGAUGGAGAAAUCUUCAAGUCAAGAUGAACCCGAAACACCUGAAUUUUAUUGCCAUCUGUGCAGUGUUUCUUGUGCUUCAGCACUCAAUCUUCAAAGUCACUUUUUGGGUGUAAAACACAGAAAGGUGGAAGAGGCUAUAAGAAAACAUGUAGCAGACAAAGUCGUGGAGGAGGUGCUGCCAAUUGAUAAAAUGCCCAAUGUAACAUUACAAGAGCACAUAGAUGCAUGUAAAACUUCAGAACCUGCUGUAGGUCUUGAGUACAUAUAUCAGUAUCAAAGAUUUGGCUAUAAUACAUAUGAGUGCAAACUGUGUGACUGCCGGGCAGGACUCACCCACAUGUUCAUGCAUAUUGUUGGAGCUAAGCACAGAAUAACUUAUUUGGGUAAACAUCAUCCUUCACUGGGAAUUUGUGGUCCUUAUAUAAUGAGAGGUCCAAAAAAGCUUAAAAAAUUAAGGGAUGUCUGCCUUGAGGUUGAAAAGGAGUUUGGAAGACAAAAAAUACAAGUUAUGGAUGGAAUAGAUAGUCAGUGGACUUUCAAUACUGAUACCACUUGUGCUACAAGAAUAAAUUACAUUCCAGACACUGAACCAGGAAAGGUGGACUUUACCAGUGAUGACUUCUUUGGCACAGAAAACAAACCUGAAGCAACUGAAGACAAACCUGAAGCUACUGAAGAUAAACCAGUAGUUACUGAACAUGUUGUGACAUUUCUAGAAUUAAAGGCAGCAUAUGAAGAACGCCAGAAGAAAGCAUUAAGCAGUGGCAAUAUUGAACUUAGCUCAGAAGCAGAGGAAAAAGAUACAGAUAAGAAAGAAGAUUCAGAUGAGGAAAGUAAAAAUGAUACUCCUGAAAAAGAAGAGUGCAGUAAGGAACCUUGCAAGUCUGACCAAGGUUUUCAAAAUGGCAAACAACUAUUCAAUUAUUUGGAACAUUUUUCAAUUGUGGAUGAAGGAGACGCUAAAUUUGUCAACACUGUUGUGGAAAUGUUAACCAUGGCUUUACUGCGGCACCAUAAAGGCUGUGAAGAAAAAAAAUUGUCUAAAUCUGAUGCAACCAUCGAACAAGACAAAUGCAAGGAGCAGGUUCCAGCACCUUCAGACCAAGACCCACAAAGCCAAUCCAAAACUCAGCUUUAUCCUAUUCCUAAAGCUAGUGAUAGGAAAAAAUUGAUGUUUACUUUAUCAGAUAAGGCCCAAGAAUUUGAGGAAAAUUUUGCCGCGGAGCCUGAGUCCAAUGGUCCUACAACCACUUUUAACCCAACAGUUAAUGUGUUCAGUAAAGACAGAAAAAGAGAAGACACUCCAGUAACCCAAAACCAAAAGCCUGCUGCUUUCCAGUAUAAUAAUAAAAAUCCCAACCGUCAACCACAGCCUUCCUCUUCACUGGUGUCAGACUCUCCAGUAACCCAAAACCAAAAGCCUGCUGCUUUCCAGUAUAAUGAUAGAAAUCCCAACCGUCAACCACAGCCUUCCUCUUCACUGGUGUCAGUUCAAACCCCAGCCUAUCCGGCUCCCCAGGUGAACAUACAGGCUCCUUUUGCACAAACCAGAUUUUCCCCCCCUCAUGCUCCUUUUCCGUCAAGACCACCACUCUUCCCUAUAGCACAAGAUGACGCUGUGAAUAAAUUCUUUGACAGCAUCAAGACAAUGGACGUUGGUGAAGUAGCUUCAACAUUGAGCAGAAUAACUGCUACAAAUCCUGCUUUCAAAGGAAUUCAUGUUCCAAGCCUUAUACGCUAUUUAACGGAAACAGGGAAACUGAAAACACCACAGAUGAAUCAAUAAGAGGGAGCGGUGUUCCAUUUUCUUUCUGUUUAAACAAUAACUUGUAGUAUAUUAAUUCAUCGUAUUUCAUCUCAAGACUAUGAGAAUGAACCUGUUUUGUAAUGAUCUGUAAAUAUAUACAUAUUUAUAUAAAACUACAUUACUGAUGUAUUCUAAUUUUUUUUAGAAUUUAUUUUAAUGUUUUAUUUUUUUACUUGCAAAGGAUUCUUUGCAAAAAAAAAAUUGUAUCAUAGUAGUUUUCCUUUAUUUGGACAAUUAUUGCAAUUUUUUAGGCCCUGGUUUCAAUAAAACCGUUA